AGUUGCUUGCAGGACGCUGUUCUUCCCAAUUCCCUAGUGCUUGGGCCAUUCCGGUUGCUGCCUACGAUGCGCAUCCUGGCAGUAUCCCUGGCUCUGUUGCUGGUGGUGGGCGGGACCACUGGGUCACCGUCUAGCACGAACUACAACAAAACAAAGAACAAAGUGCACUUGUCAAAGAGAUGCGCUGCAGGUCUCAUCACUUGUGGAGAGGACUGUUUCGACCCGGCUUUGGGCGAAUAUCACUGUGUAAACGCUCCAGAUGGAACACCUUUGUUGGUUCAAGGCCCCGGGUAUAACCCCAACGAUCCCGAUGCUGAGAUACUGCCCGCGGAUAUCACGGACAUUGGAACUCCUACUGGCCAAACGAAGAAGAUUACAAUGACCAACAGAUGUCCGCACAAAGUGUGGCCGGCUCUUCAGGGAAAAUUCGGCGAUCCUGUCCCGGCCGACGGAGGAUUUGGAAUGGGACCGGGUACGACUGUAACCGUUCACGUUCCAUAUAAUUGGGAAUCCGGACGGAUCUGGCCGCGGACGGGCUGCAAGAUCAACAAUGGAAAAGUCUUUUGUGAAACAGGCACGUGCGGCAUCAAAGAAAACGGCUACGGCGUGCAAUGCAAGGGCAAUGGAGGAGUGCCGCCAUACACCAUCGUCGAAUUUACUUUGCACGGGUACAAAAACCUUGAUUACUACGACUUGUCUCAAGUAGAUGGUCACAACAUUGGAAUCGCUGUCGCAGUUGUGGGAGGUGAUAAAAUCAACGAUCCCGAUAUGGUUGAGCCCAAAUUUGACUGCGGAAACGCGGCGUGCAGGAUGGACAUUUCCAAAUACUGUCCCCCCGAGUUGGCCUUUAUGAGUAGUGACGGGAAAAGAAUCGUGGCAUGCGGGAGUAUCCAUAACGCUGUGGAAGACCUCGUCCAGAGGACGUUGCAUCCUGACCCUUUGAAGCCCCUCUUUGACGAUCAAGUCAAGAGGUCGCUUGUUGGAUGCACCUGUGACCCAACAGGAACUUACAACCACUGCUACGCAAAGGUCGAUAAGCGUCCUGAGGCCGAGGGGAAGCGAUGCUAUGUGGAGGACUGGCCUUCUGUCAAGGAGCCCGGCCCAUGGCCUACCCGAUACGACAAAGUCUUCAAAGACAGGUGUCCGCUUGCUUAUUCGUGGCAGUUUGACGACUUUUCCUCGACGUUCAAUUGCCGAAACGCCGAUUACCAUAUAACAUUCUGUCCAGCGGCCGAGUGCGGGAAGGAAGCAAAUGGAAAGGAGUGUCCCAACAAUGCAUGCUGCUCUUCAUUCGGGACCUGUGGAGUCACAGAGACAGAAUGCGGUGACGGGUGUCAGUCCAACUGUAACAGCUUGGACGAUUUCCCUGGCCCUGGAACAUGUGCGUCACCUCCUUUGACCAUUGUUGUCGGGUACUAUAGCAAUACGGCGUACGGACGAGGGGAAAACCUGCCCAACUGCAAAGGGACGUUGAAAGCGAUGGCCCCGGAAGACCUCCGACCGACCGGUUUUACUCAUCUGAACUAUGCAUUCGGUGCGAUAUCCGUUGACUUCAAGCUUACCACCACUCGAAACGAGGAUGACGAUCUCAUCAAGAGGUUCAAUGGACUCAAGAGUUCGAACGGGAACUUGAAGACCUUGUGGUCAAUUGGUGGAUGGGCCUUCAAUAAUCCAGGAUCUGGGACGGAAACACGAUUUUCCGACAUGGUCUCGUCUCCGGCCAAUCGAGCCACGCUCAUUGGCGAUAUUGUGCGGACAAUCCCUGGACGUGGAUUCGACGGAAUUGACUUUGACUGGGAGUAUCCAGGCCCGGCGCGGGGUGGUAGGGAUUCUGACCCCGCAAACUUUGUGCAAUUUCUCAAGGAACUCCGUCAGGCUUUUGACCGCAGCAAUCUCAAACUGAUCAUUACUGUCACGGCUCCCCCAACUCAAUUGAACCUUGCUGAAUAUGAUCUGAAGACGUUAAAAGAAAAUGUUGACUGGAUCAACUUGAUGACCUACGACUUUCAUGGAGCCUCUCCCGCCGUUAACCAACCGGCGAAUCCCGUCGACAAUCGGCCACCACCCAAUGCGUGGGGCAGCGAAUCCUUGGGCGUCCAGCCGCACGCUAACAAAUUUGAUAUCGACAAUGCUCUGCGAGCGUAUCUCAAAGCCGGUGUUCCACGGGAAAAACUUGUCAUGGGAAUUGCGUUCUACGGUCGUUCGUACACGUUGAUGCGUCCUGAUUGCAUCGACCCGGGAUGUCCGUAUUCCAGUGCCGGGAAACCGGGCGUGUGCACUAACGUCCCUGGGUUCAUCAGUUACUCCGAGGUGCAGGCCCUCGAUCGGACGCAAACUGCGGUAGACAAAACUAGCAUGAGCGCCGUAGCAAGUUCUGGUGAUCAAUGGAUCUCAUAUGAAAACCACGAAACAAUUCAAGCAAAGAUGGGCAUCGCCGCCAAACAAUGUCUCCCAGGUGUCGCCAUUUGGUCUCUCGACCUCGAUCCGGAUGGUGUAUUGCUUCUCUCUGUUACAGGCAAUGCCAAUACAGAGACUCCCAAUACAGGGUUUUGUACCGCUGACGGCCGCUGGAGAACGACCGCAGCUGGGCAGACGAGUUCCUACAAUUGCCCAUACGGAGAAGGAUCGAUAGUGCGACACUGCGGCUCAGACGGCCGCUGGGGAGACGUGGUCAACAAUUGUGCCGAUGUCCAUACUGAGCAUUUUGCGGAUGAUUUCAAGAAUUGCAAAAAUGGUCCCGAUGUGGGCUCAACUAUCGCAUCUCUCAAUUUGAAUGACAUUACAGUGGGUGCUGGAAGUAGCGGUCUUACUCGACGUCAGAGGCCUGGAGUGGCUGCUUUCCGAAACUCUACAUCUCUCACGUCUGGCGAUAAUUUCCCAAACUCUACCGCAGCCAUCACUCAUGACCAGCCACUGAAUGCUACAGCAUCCCGUCCUCCAACACCCGGAACCGCCCGGGUUGCGGCAGCUGCCCUUCCAGUGCGCGUUGCCGAUGCCCCCGCGCCUGCGAGCACCUUAAAGGAUCUGUGGGAUCUCAUGAAAUACAACCCAGCGGCAGUCGACCUUCCGUAUGCAGCUGGCAUCUUUGCCAACACGCCAGCCACGCCUCCCUCGACAACGAUUCACACCAUUCUCCCACCCACUCAGAAACCUACAGUAGUUCCUCCGUCAUCUACUACCAGUGCAGGUCAUACUGCCACUCCCUCGGCCACGACGACGACCAUACCAUCACCUCCUUCAAAUGGGGAAUGCCGUUCUACUAAUUGCGGAGUAUACGAUGUAACACAAUAUGUAUGCUGUGAUGGUCAGCUAUGUCCAAACGUUGCUCCGAGACGUUGCGGGCCGGCGUGCUACGAUCCGGCCAUUUAUACUUGCUGCAACAGUCAGCUGCAACCCAAGGGAACCUGUUAGACAGGAUCACACGCGAUUGAGACACGACAUUGUUAUAUCCGCUCAGGUUACAAGUGUGUGAUGCUUAGUACUUUCGGGCAUAGAUUUAGUAGAGAUAGAAAUGCAAGACGUAGACUUUGGAAAUGCUUCUGUUU